GAUAGCCUAACUAUACUCUUGUAACGGUUGUACUCUUGUAUAUAAGCCAUUGAGCUUAAUGAAAUACGCAGGCAAUUAUAUUCUUUCAUGGUAUCAGCCUAAUUUCGAUCUUGGCCUAUUCUCUUUCCCUAACACCAGCCCUCAAUCUCUUCGACCAUACCUCUUCCGCUGCACCAUGUCUAAUCCCAAAUUCCAUCCUGCCUUGACAAUCACCAACGUCUGAUAGAGAAUAUAUUCUAUUCAAUGUAUAUUUGUCAUAUUUGUUAAGCAUAUAUUUAGCCUCAUCAUUAGCCUAAUGUUUACCCCUUAAUUGUAGCUAAUUAGUAUUGUAGUGAUAGCCUAACUAUACUCUUGUAACGGUUGUACUCUUGUAUAUAAGCCAUUGAGCUUAAUGAAAUACGCAGGCAAUUAUAUUCUUUCAUGGUAUCAGCCUAAUUUCGAUCUUGGCCUAUUCUCUUUCCCUAACACCAGCCCUCAAUCUCUUCGACCUUACCUCUUCCGCUGCACCAUGUCUAAUCCCAAAUUCCAUCCUGCCUUGACAAUCACCAACGUCAAGUCCCUCAUCCCUAUCGAGUUGGAUACAGAGAACGGCAUGUAUCACUCCUGGGCUGCUUUAUUCAAAGUUCUUGUUAGGGUUCAUGAUGUCUAUGAGCACAUCAUCCCUCCCGUCAAACCAGACGAAAUCGCCACCUAUGAACAAUCAAAGGCUGCCGAUCUCUCUCUCUGGAAGCGUCUUGAUGCUGCGGUUUUGCAAUGGAUAUACGGGACUAUAUCCAACAACCUUCUUCUUGCUAUCCUUCAGAAAGACGACACCGCUCAGGCAUCUUGGGCUCGUCUUGAAUCCUUGUUCCAAGACAAUAAAGUUUCCCGAGCAACACACCUUGAAGAAGAAUUGGCUGAUCUUAAUUUCGAGAAUUUCUCGUCAAUUGAUAGCUACUGCAACCAUAUCAAAACUCUGGCCGGUCGUCUUGAAGAUGUUGACGCUCCUAUCCCGAACAGUCGCCUUGUUCUUAAACUAACGGGUGGUCUCCCUGAAGCAUACUCUGGCACCGUUGAUUUCAUCCAAAACCAGGACCCAAUUCCACCGUUUGAGAGUUGUCGCUCUCGACUGAAGCUUGCUGAGCGCACUAUUAAAAAUCGGCUGGCAAAGGAGAACGGAUCCAGUAAUCGUGCACAGGCAGCUCUUGUGACCUCCACUGGCGGUCCACCACACCACACCACCAACUCUGGAUCCUCUCGUGUUAAUUCUCGAAACAAUAAGCCGAAGAAAACAGGUGCUAAACCUGGGUUCGGGAAACCAUUUGGCGCUAUGAACCAACAACCCAUCUCUUUCCCCACUGGGCAGCCCUGGCAGCAGCAACCUUGGGCUUCUUGGGCUCCCUGGCUCUCUCACUGGCCCGUCCCACCACCAUGCCCCUAUCCAGCCGCUUCUUGGGCUCCACGGGCUGCUGGACGGUGAUUCUUAGCAGGACCAAGAUACACACAAGGAGUGGAACGUGCUUGUAAUUUGUGUAUGGAAGUGGAUGGGAAGAGGGGAAAACACAAGCAACCAAAAACAUGUAAAUCCGAAUAAAUGGGAUCACAUUGAUAAAGAAUUUGAGUAGGGGACUGAAAACCUAGGACUUUGGUGGGUAGAAUGUUUAGAAGAUACGUAGCCAUUUCUAAAGCAUGAUGCCAAAAGGAGAGGGGCAGGGAGGCAUGGGCAAGUAAAGUCCUAAUGAUGUUAUUGAUUGAUUUAAUGUGGCGUUCGGCUUUGCCGUUUUGAGGAGAAGAAUGAGGACAAGAAAGACGGAAUAACAUGCCAUGGUUAUCAAAGAAUUCUUUAAAAGUGCUAUUAAUAUAUUCUGUGCCAUUGUCACAUUGAAACGUCUUAAUAUUACGUUCAAAUUGAGUAGAGAUAAGAGAAUAAAAGGAUUUAAAGAAAUGUGGAACUUGGGAUUUUUUUGAGAUAGGGAAAGUCCAUAGGAAUUUGCUGUAAUCAUCGAGUUGGAUACAGAGAACAGCAUGUAUCACUCCUGGGCUGCUUUAUUCAAAGUUCUUGUUAGGGUUCAUGAUGUCUAUGAGCACAUCAUCCCUCCCGUCAAACCAGACGAAAUCGCCACCUAUGAACAAUCAAAGGCUGCCGAUCUUUCUCUCUGGAAGCGUCUUGAUGCUGCGGUUUUGCAAUGGAUAUACGGGACUAUAUCCAACAACCUUCUUCUUGCUAUCCUUCAGAAAGACGACACCGCUCAGGCAUCUUGGGCUCGUCUUGAAUCCUUGUUCCAAGACAAUAAAGUUUCCCGAGCAACACACCUUGAAGAAGAAUUGGCUGAUCUUAAUUUCGAGAAUUUCUCGUCAAUUGAUAGCUACUGCAACCAUAUCAAAACUCUGGCCGGUCGUCUUGAAGAUGUUGACGCUCCUAUCCCGAACAGUCGCCUUGUUCUUAAACUAACGGGUGGUCUCCCUGAAGCAUACUCUGGCACCGUUGAUUUCAUCCAAAACCAGGACCCAAUUCCACCGUUUGAGAGUUGUCGCUCUCGACUGAAGCUUGCUGAGCGCACUAUUAAAAAUCGGCUGGCAAAGGAGAACGGAUCCAGUAAUCGUGCACAGGCAGCUCUUGUGACCUCCACUGGCGGUCCACCACACCACACCACCAACUCUGGGUCCUCUCGUGUUAAUUCUCGAAACAAUAAGCCGAAGAAAACAGGUGCUAAACCUGGGUUCGGGAAACCAUUUGGCGCUAUGAACCAACAACCCAUCUCUUUCCCCACUGGGCAGCCCUGGCAGCAGCAACCUUGGGCUUCUUGGGCUCCUUGGCUCUCUCACUGGCCCGUCCCACCACCAUGCCCCUAUCCAGCCGCUUCUUGGGCUCCACGGGCUGCUGCUCCGCAUCCGGCUCCACGAUCUGCUGCACCGGGUAUUCUCGGCCCUCGUCCUCCCCAAGCCUACAAUGUUAUGGGUUCAUCUGUCAGUUAUACGCCUACUGAUAUUGAAGCAGCAAUGCAUGCUCUUUCCUUCACUCAACCAGACGGGAAUUACUAUAUGGACACCGUUGCAACUUCACAUAUGACUGCAGAUCAAGACGGGAACCAUACUCCUGAGAUGUGAUAGUAGCGGUGACUUAUACCCUCUGUUCACCAACAGUCCAGUCAAGUCAUUUGUCCCUCAUUCUGCACUCACUGCUAUAUCUCCCGAUCUUUGGCACAACCGCUUAGGACAUCCUGGCGCUGCUGUUCUUAGAUCUCUUAGACAUUUAAAGUUCAUUGAUUGUAAUAAAAGUCAUAUGACUUAUUGUUCCUCUUGUCCUCUUGGCAAACACUCUAAAAAGCCUUUUUAUAAUUCCA